AUGCCUGACCCAUUAGGGCGCGACGAUGUACUCAGACUGUUUUCCAUCGUGCCACUGUUGGGCGACGAGUUUAUCAUACUGUGUGGGACAUUCCUCCACGACAGCGCAACAGAAACUCCCCGGAACAACUACCUGAUCUCUGCAUCAGACAAAUUUUUGGCAGUCGAUAAGAUGUGCUGCGACGCUCCUGUCUUUUUGCAGUGCUUACCAUUUGUCGUCUCCGGGACCUGCCGAAGAGCGCGAUGCCCCCAGCAACAUGUCACGAUAUCGAAUUUGGGCCACGUGCAAUACAACGCCCAUGUCGCAAUCCAUCUACAGCAGAUUCUCAUUUUACAACUCUUGUAUUUCGCGUGUCCUAGCACGAAACAAUGGAAGAGCAUGAGUGACCGGAUCGACCGCCUUUGCGAGGCACUGAAUCCGCCCUUGUUCAUUCAAGGUUCCCUCGUGGACCUCGAUUUGACCCUCAUUCCGCAUGGUUCAGCUGGCCUGAGGGUGGUGAAGAACUGGACUCGCGAGUUCUUGUAUAAAUUGGACCCGUUCCAGAGCCCAUCCCCAUUUUUGACGACGUUGAUGAGAAUCAACAGUCUCAUUUUUGCUUUUGACAGGAAUGAUGCUCCCGCCUACAUUGCUCAGGCAAAGUGUGUCGCCCGAAAUAUAUCCACCACGCUCCUUCUCAAAGCAGAUAAUCGCUACUUGGUGCUCGACAUGCUUAAUUUGCACCGAGGAGUUACUGAAAGCAGUAUAUCUUCGGGAAUUCUGUAUCUACAGUGA